UACGUCCCGGCGCAUGACGCAGCACGCUCAGCUAUAAAUACGUGCCGACGCCCCCCGCUUUCUCUCUGAUCGCACGGACUGCCUGCAAGAUGGCGCCGAAGGUCAAGAAGCCUAAGAGGACAACCUGGAAGUUUGGUUUGGACCUGACGCAUCCAGUAGAAGAUGGCAUUUUUGACUCUGCAAAUUUUGAACAGUUUCUACGGGAGAAGGUUAAAGUCAAUGGGAAAACUGGAAAUCUUGGGAAUGUUGUUCACAUUGAACGCUUCAAGAACAAAAUCACAGUUGUUUCUGAGAAACAAUUCUCUAAAAGAUAUUUGAAAUACCUUACCAAGAAAUACCUCAAGAAGAAUAGUCUUCGUGAUUGGCUUCGUGUGGUUGCAUCUGACAAGGAGACAUAUGAACUUCGUUACUUCCAGAUUAGUCAGGAUGAAGAUGGGUCUGAAUCUGAGGACUAGGUGAAGGCACCUUAUAUAGGCCUUUGCUUACUAAUAAAACAUGAAGUGUACCAAGAGAAACAUCUAGAAAUGGAUUUUGUUUAUCAGUGAAUAAAAAAUGUAACACUGUU